AUGUUAUUCGAUUGGCGUUCAAAAUGGCCGCUCGAUGUUGAUUGGUCGAGGCUUAUGACAUCUUUUAUUAUUUUUUCAUUGGCGUUAUUUCGCUCACAUGAUGGUCCCGAAUUACAGAAUGCUGAGGAUAUUGUACCUUGUCGUGUUGACCUCGGGCUUUCCUUUUUUCCCAUUAAACUUCAACAAGGAUUGAGCCAAGUGGACCCAACCUCCUCUUUCCUUCCUUAUGGCCACCAUCAGCUCCUCACUUCAUCCUUUUCUUUAUGCCUUUCUUCUCCACCUUUCUUUCUAUCAUCGACCUCACAAAACACACUGAGCAGCAAUUUUAUUCAUCCGCUUUUCUUUCUUCUCUCCUUUCUUGUCAUAGUGGUAGCUGUGAUGAUCAGAAGCUUUGCUCUCCUCUUUCUAUUACAUUACAAUAGCCACUCUCUUCCUCCGCCCCACGGAGAAAGGGAAAAACACGUUUUCUUCUAA